AUGAAUCUUUAAAUGAAGAUCUGUUGUUUGGCUUUCAUUUAGAAUGGUUUAAAAAGUCAACGGCGAAAAUGCCUAAAGAACACAUUCAGAGUCUCAAAUCUCUUCUGACAUAGUCUCCUAAGAAUUUCACUAAUCAGCAUUUAUCGUUUCAGUUUAUUUGGUUACCCAUUCCAUUCUUUUUUAUAGUUAAUUUAUUUGGAAAAUGAGUCGACAGCAGCCUCGCAAAGACACAAAAAUGCGAAUAAGAGCAUUUCCAAUGACAAUGGAUGAAAAAUAUGUGAACAAUAUUUGGACAUUGCUGAAAAAUGCUAUUCAAGAAAUCCAGAAAAAAAAUAACAGUGGACUUAGUUUCGAAGAGCUCUAUAGAAAUGCCUAUACCAUGGUAUUGCAUAAACAUGGAGAAAAAUUAUACACUGGUUUGCGGGACGUUGUCACAGAUCAUUUAGUUGACAAGAUAAGAGAAGAUGUUCUUUCAGCAUUGAACAAUAACUUUCUACAAACCUUGAACAGUGCAUGGAAUGACCACCAAACAUCAAUGGUUAUGAUUAGAGACAUACUUAUGUAUAUGGACAGAGUGUAUGUUCAACAAAAUAAUGUAGACAAUGUGUACAAUCUGGGACUGAUGAUAUUUAGAGAGAAGGUUGUAAGACAUCCAAUGAUAAGGGAUCACCUCCGCAGUACAUUGUUAGAAAUGGUAGCAAAGGAAAGAAGAGGAGAGGUGGUCGAUAGGGGAGCUGUUAAAAACGCUUGUCAAAUGCUGAUGGUUCUUGGCAUAGACUCCAGAGCUGUAUAUGAAGAAGAUUUUGAAAGACCAUUUCUGGAGCAAAGUGCAGAAUUUUACAGGUCUGAGAGUCAAAAGUUCCUUGCCGAAAACAGUGCUUCUGUGUAUAUAAAGAAAGUGGAAGCAAGAAUCAAUGAGGAAGCUGAAAGAGCUACUCAUUAUUUGGACACUUCAACUGAAGAUCCCAUUGUUAGGGUUUUGGAAGAAGAAUUAAUCAGUAAACAUAUGAAGACAAUUGUAGAGAUGGAGAACUCGGGAGUUGUUCAUAUGCUGAAAAAUAAUAAAACAGAUGAUUUAGCUUGUAUGUACAAGUUGUUUAUACGUGUAUUAAAUGGUUUGAAGACAAUGUGUGACUGUAUCAGUGUGUACCUGAGGGAACAAGGCAAAGCUAUUGUAUCCGAAGAAGGAGAAGAUGGUAAAAAUGCCAUCACAUAUGUACAGAGUUUGUUGGAUUUAAAGGAUAGAUUUGACCAUUUUCUGCAUGAGUCUUUCGGUGACGAUAAACAGUUUAAACAAAUGAUCUCUAAAGACUUUGAAAAUUUUAUUAAUUUGAAUCCUAAGUCCCCAGAGUAUUUAUCACUGUUCAUAGAUGAAAAAUUGAAGAAAGGAGUUAAAGGAAUGACAGAACAGGAAAUAGAAACAGUGUUAGAUAAGAGUAUGGUGUUAUUCAGGUUCUUACAAGAAAAGGAUGUAUUUGAACGGUAUUAUAAACAGCAUCUUGCUCGUAGGUUAUUGCUCAACAAAAGUGGCUCAGAUGAUUCAGAAAAGAAUAUGAUUUCAAAAUUAAAGACUGAGUGUGGUUGUCAGUUUACAUCUAAGUUAGAAGGAAUGUUUAAAGAUAUGACAGUAUCUAACACAAUUAUGGAUGAAUUUAAAGGUUUCUUAAGUACAGCGCAGGUUAAUCUAAGUGGGGUGGAUCUAACUGUGCGAGUAUUAACGACAGGGUUCUGGCCUACACAGUCAGCAACACCCAGAUGUAAUAUACCUAGUGCAGCACGUACAGCCUUUGAAAAUUUUAGAAGAUUCUAUUUGGCGAAACAUAGUGGUAGACAGCUUACAUUACAACCACAGUUAGGAAAUGCAGAUUUGAAUGCUACUUUCUUUGGUGCCAAGAGAGACGAUGAUUCAAGUGGUGCUAGCAGCUCUAAGGGACCCAGAAAACACAUUAUACAAGUAUCAACAUAUCAGAUGUGUGUACUAAUGCUCUUCAACAAUAGGGAUAAAUGGACUUAUGAAGAGAUAAAAAAUGAAACAGAUAUACCAGAGAAAGAUUUAAUAAGAGCUGUACAGUCUUUAGCUAUUGGUAAAAUUACUCAACGAGUUCUACAAAAGGAACCAAAAACAAAAGAAAUAGAACCUAGUCACGUAUUAAGUGUAAAUGAUCAGUUCACAUCCAAAUUGUUCAGAGUCAAGAUUCAGACGGUGGCGGCCAACAAAGGCGAAGCAGAACCUGAAAGAAAAGAAACGAGAACUAAAGUAGAUGAAGACAGAAAACAUGAGAUUGAAGCUGCAAUAGUCAGAAUUAUGAAAGCAAGGAAGAAAUUACAGCAUAAUGUCUUAGUAACAGAGUGUACAGAACAGCUUAAAGCCAGAUUCCUGCCUAGUCCAGUAGUUAUUAAAAAAAGAAUUGAAGGUUUGAUAGAGCGUGAAUAUUUAGCAAGAACACCAGAAGAUAGGAAAGUAUAUACUUAUGUAGCAUAAGAAGAAUAUUUAUUUAAACAACAAUUUCUGAAAGUCAGUGAGCAUUUGUAUACUAUACUUAUGUCUUCACAUGGAAUUAUGCUUGCACCAAGAGGGGGAAUAAAAUCCAUGAAGAAUCGUCUACGAAACCUGCAUAUUAAAGAGUCUCAGAUGAGAAAGCCUUUGUCAGCCUAAAUAUUGCAAAGACUUUUAUGUAGUUUAUACUAAAUACUAUUUAUUUUAAGAAAGGAUUGUCCAGAUAUGUAUCUAUGCAGUCUGUGCAAAGUUUUCAAUUUUCUUUAUGUGUUAAUAUUUUAUCUGUUUGAAUCAGAAUAAAUGGCUUUUUAUGAAUGAGGGAAAUCACCGGUGGCACUCAUCAUUCAUGUAGGUUAUUGAUUGUCAUAUUGACUAUCAUGUAGUGAUCUUUUUCUAAUCAGACAAAGGUUCCUCCUACUCUCAGGUGACAAAUUUUAUAUUUCUAUUUAAGAUUUAAGAAAACAUUUCUGUUGUUUUAUUAACUUGCAAUUUUUUUAAUGAUUUUUUGGUUCUAUUAAAAGGACUCAAAAAGUUGUGAACAGAUUCUACUUUCUUGACUACCUGCUAUAUAUUUAAAUGUUUUAGAUUUAACAUUUUUUGUUUUGUCUCUGAAAAUUUGAAUUACAUUUGCAGCCAUUGAAUGGUUGAUAAAUAUUUCUUGUGACAAAAUGGUCAGAAUUUUAUCACAACAUAACUUACAAAUGUCAUUUACUUUGCCUUUGUGUAAAAUGAAUGCAAAGAAUAUGUGUGAAUAAUCCGUAGGUUAUUUGUUCGCUUGAACAAUCAUAUAAUAUGUAUAACUGUGUGAAGCUUUACUUGGAAGAUGAAUGUAUGUAUGUAUGUUUGUAUGGUAGUUCAUUGGAAUGCAUGCAGGGAAACUAGUAUGAUGUUUGAUUGCAAUAUGUUACACUGUUUAUAUUCAAAUUCUUCUGAUAAUUUUAGGGGUAUUAGAUAUUGACGUAACAUAGACUUUGACAGGACUGCAUCCCACCUUUGAAAGUUGUCAUUUAAAUGUCAUGGAAUGGUUUAUUUUCAUUAGACUUAUCUUCAUACUCUUCUAUUAAAUGACUUAUGACAUAAUUUGCAUUUGUGAUUGCAAUGAUGACAUACGCAAAUGAUCAAAUAUUCAGUUUUCUUCCAAGUCUGUUAAAUUAUAAUGGUUAAAACUUUCUAAACUUUCUGUCAGUUAAAAACAAGGUGAUUGCCUAGAAUUUUGAAUUUGCAUUGUAAUUUCUGAAUACAGGAAAGGAAUGAUCAAAUUUUUAAAACAAUACAAUAUUUUGCCAGUAAUUUGAUUUUCUUCAGCUGUGGAAUAAAGCAUAACUAUUUUGCAAUUUUCUCCACAUGAUUUAGUUGAAGACUAUAAAUACACUUUCAAUAAAAAGAUAAAACCCUUAAAAAGCAAUUUAAUAUGAAAUAAAGAUUUAAAUCAAAGUCAUUAUACAUGUAUAGGAGAUAAAAGGACAGUAAUCUUUCUGAUAAUUUUUGUCAACUAUGUAUGAAUUAACAGUUCUUUGGAAUAUUUCAGAAUAGAAUAAUAUAAUGAAAAUCACUGUUGAUAUAUACCUUGUAUAAAAUAAAGCUUACACAUUUACAUACAAAAUAAAAUAACAUUGAGUGAAAGGAUAACAGUAUAUAUAUCAUCUAAGAAAAUCUGAUGAAAAAAAAUAAUAAUGUACAAAUUUUAAAUCAUGUUAUAAAUGUACAAAUUUCAUGAAUUUGAAACUAGUCAUUUUACUGCUUAACAAUAUACAGAGUUAUUUUGUCCCCUAAUCCAAGAGAUAUAUGUUUGACAAGCAUUUUUUUUGUUUCUGUUUACUGCAUCUGACCUUUUUAUUUAGAACAACACAAUUUGUCAAAGAAAAAUUACAAAUGGCAUAUUUUACUCCAGUGACCAUAACUAUAAUGCCAAACCAGAACUAUAAGAAACAAAAGUGCUGUAUUAGUUGGAGUUCAAACUAUAUUUAUAGUGUAUUCAAAGUGGAAACAUUUUUUUUAAGCAAAUUGCCUAUAUGUAGCAACAUUAUCACAGAAAAAAUACUAACUUAGUAGACAGUAAUUGAUAAACAUUUACAAACAUGGAAUUACAAACAUUAUGGAACUAAUGUUAUGUCUCAUAGGCUAUUUCAAGACAAAAUAUAUAUUUUUACAAAAUGUUAGCGAAAUGUUGCUAUUCUUUUUGUUCUGGUUUGAAAAAAAAAGUAUGUUGAAGAAAUAGUUGGGGCAAGAAAAUGUAUUGAUAUUUUUUUGGAUUGUAUUAUUUUAAGUGAAACUGUUAUGGCGUAUUUGAUCCAUACUUCAAUUAGUAUGGUGUCAGCAAUCAUUAUGAUGUUGAAAUUUUACAUAAUGGGGAAACAAUUUCUCCACAAAAACUCAUAAAAUAAAUGUGAUAACUUA